GUGACAGUCACUGAGCUGAACUUACCCCCUCCUCCUUUCCACACCUGCAAAGCCUUUGCCUGGGUUGAAUAUUUAGUUUAAUUACAUCUCAGCUUUGAGAGCUCCUGUUGCAAAUCCCUGGAUUAAAAGGUUCUGGAGUCGAUGAACUAAGCCAUGAGGCUGGCUCUUCUCUUCGUCCUGCUGCUGCCAGCAUGCUUGGCCAAGCCAUUCCACCAGCAAGGCCUCUUUGACUUUAUGCUGGAGGAUGAAGGUGAAGGGUCAGCUGAUAUGCUUCCAACAGACGAUCCCGUCAUAUCUGGAUUUGGACCAGUGUGCCCCUUCCGCUGCCAGUGCCAUCUUCGUGUGGUGCAGUGCUCUGACCUAGGUCUUGAAAAAGUGCCUAAAGACCUUCCUCCUGACACAACUCUGCUGGACUUACAGAACAAUAAAAUCACUGAAAUUAAGGAAGGAGAUUUCAAGAACUUGAAGAAUCUACACGCAUUGAUCCUUGUUAACAACAAAAUCAGCAAAAUAAGCCCAUUAGCUUUUGCUCCUCUGAAGAAACUGGAAAGACUUUACCUGUCCAAGAAUAACCUGAAGGAACUCCCAGAAAAUAUGCCGAAGUCUCUCCAGGAGAUACGGGCUCAUGAGAAUGACAUCUCCAAGUUGAGAAAAGCUGUCUUUAAUGGACUGAACCAAGUGAUUGUCUUAGAACUAGGCACCAAUCCAAUCAAGAGUUCAGGAAUUGAAAAUGGAGCUUUUCAGGGGAUGAAGAGGCUCUCCUACAUCCGUAUCGCAGACACCAACAUUACCAGCAUCCCAAAAGGCCUUCCCCCAUCUCUUACUGAACUUCACCUUGACGGCAACAAAAUCACCAAAAUUGAAGCUGAAGGUCUGUCUGGGCUUACCAACUUGGCAAAAUUGGGGCUCAGCUUCAACAGUAUUUCUUCAGUUGAAAAUGGCUCGCUUAACAACGUACCUCACCUGAGAGAGCUCCAUUUGAACAACAAUGAACUUGUCAGAGUACCUGGUGGGCUUGGUGAACACAAAUAUAUCCAGGUGGUCUAUCUUCAUAACAACAAAAUUGCUUCAGUUGGUAUCAACGACUUUUGCCCUCUUGGCUACAACACCAAAAAGGCUAGCUAUUCCGGUGUGAGCCUCUUCAGCAACCCUGUGCAGUACUGGGAAAUCCAGCCCUCUGCUUUCCGAUGUAUCCAUGAACGCUCUGCAGUACAGAUUGGAAAUUACAAAUAGAUGUCUAAAGACGGGAUUCGGUCGUGUUUCAGCUAAAGUACCUGUUGUAAUAGGCCUGUUCAAAAAAUCAUUGCUAACAUUUAAUGCCAAAACCAAAAAACUUCACUUUAAAGUGGAGACGAUCCAUUAAUGUAGAAUAAAUGAAACAUUACAGAUGUACAAAUCAAGCAUACCAUCAAAAAGAAUUGCCGACUGUGCUUUAAACUGACUUAUUUCAGCCUUCUUUUCCAGCAUGCUUUCUGUGGUAUUUUUCAGUUUGCUGAAUGCUACAGGUUUUCAGAUUCCACUGUAUAUGAGAUUCGGAGUAAAUAUUUGUCAAGCUAUGAUAUUAAAAAAAAAAAAAAAGAUAAUGAUUGAGGUUAUUUUUAUAGCCACAAAAAAUGUUAGAGGGAAAAAAGACUCUCAAAUUGUCUUGAGACUUGAGAAGGUGAGAGUUACCUCCUUUAAAUUUAUUUCAAGCCCUGGAGGUGUAAAAAUAGCCACUGUAACACUAAUCUAAUUCUAAACAUAUCUAUUUAGCAGAGGCAAAUAAAGUUGUUGCUAACAUCAUUAUUUUGGAAAAAAUAAGAUAAAUUCAUAUUGUAUGCAUA